ACGUCUUCAACCAUAUUUCCAGCAUAGAAGAGUUGGGUUUAAAAUACAACCAAAUAGACUUCAUCGAAAAUCAAGCCUUCGCGAACUUGACCGCCUUGAGAAAAUUGGUCUGCAGGCACAAUAACCUGGAAUAUUGGAACAGAGAAUGGUUUGAUGCCACUCCAAAUUUGAAAAUUAUGGAUUUCCAGCAUAACAAAAUUAGAACGAUCCCAAGAAAAGCUUUCGCAGCUCUCCCAAACCUAAAAGGAAUUUUCUUCGGAUACAACGAAAUUAGCGACAUCCAGCCAGAUGCCUUCAAGGGAUUGACCUAUUUGGCAUAUGUGGAACUGAGAAACAACAGGCUGAAGGUCCUAAAUGAAGAUAUUUUUCCAAACGACAUCAAGAUCAAUAGAUUGUUGCUCACCGCCAACUAUCUCAAUUUCAUUUCCAACGAGGUUCUGAAGAAAAUGUCCGUGGAGGAGGUUCUCUUGUACCACAACCCUUGGAAAUGUCCGUGUCUCGAUAGGAUAAACUACUGGCUUUAUACUACCAAAGGAACUUCAGUCAAAGUGCCUGAGUGCGAGGUCGAUUCAAUUCCAAUUUGUGCUUAUCCGAAUUUGUACUCCCAGUCGUGUUUGGAAUAUGUAGACGAUGAACUUACUCAAAGGUAUCUCAAUAGUGUCAAGGCCUCUUCAACUGAUGAACAUAAAUAUUGUGCAAGAUUAGACUGA